AUGUAUCUGCACCGAGUGGCAGGCUAUGACAUUCACAACAGAGAUCUGAAGCCAUGGAUGAUGGCCCUUCUCACCGCGCUCUCCCUGAUGAUGGUGGUAGUGACCAUUGGACUUCUGGCUCACCUCCUUGUCUUCGGCCAGAAAAUGGAAUAUUACCAAGGGACCUUGACAAUUUCGGAUAUUCAAGACAAUAGCAAUUCAGGACGAAAGAGCUCAAGUCAAUUGAAAGACUUCCAGGAGAUGAAUGAAAAUUUGGUAGAUGAAACAUUUAUAGAUUCAUCCUUGAACAAGCGCUACGUCAAAAACCACGUAGUCAGACUAACACCAGAAGAGGAUGAUACAAGAGCGGACAUGGUUAUGGCGUUCCAGACUCCCUCUACAGAGCCAAGGACCAUAGGAAAAAAGACAAGCCGUAGCAUCUUAAAUCAGAAGACAAGGAACGCAAGAGCUUUGCCAGCUGGUGUCUCACUGGUUCAAGUUAAUGCAGUGUGCUCAUCAGCAGGGAAACUAACUGUGCCAGCAUAUUGUGGCAAGCGAGCUAUCCCAUUAAUUGCCAACAGAAUAGUGUCUGGAAACCCCGCAGCCAAGGGUGCCUGGCCUUGGCAAGUUUCCCUUCAGCGAAGCAACAUCCAUCAGUGUGGGGGCACAUUGAUUGGCAACAUGUGGGUCGUCACUGCAGCACACUGUUUUAGAACCAAUGCAAACCCUCGCCAGUGGACUCUCAGUUUUGGAACAACAAUAAAUCCUCCCUUAAUGAAAAGAGAGGUCAGAAGAAUUAUUAUGCACGAAAGGUAUCGCCCCCCAGCAAGAGACCAUGACAUUGCCCUUGUGCAGUUUUCUCCCAGGGUCACCUUUUCGGAUGAAGUGAGCCGAAUUUGUCUGCCAGAACCCUCUGCAUUGUUCCCACCAAAUGCAACUGUCUACAUCACAGGAUUCGGAGCACUUUACUAUGGUGGGGAAUCCCAAAAUGAGCUCCGUGAAGCCCGAGUACAGAUCAUAAGCAAUGACGUCUGCAAACAGCGACACGUGUACGGCAAUGAAAUAAAACGCGGGAUGUUCUGUGCUGGGUUCCUGGAAGGAAUUUACGAUGCCUGCAGGGGUGAUUCUGGGGGACCACUGGUUGUAAGUGACAACAAAGAUACCUGGUAUCUCAUUGGAAUUGUGAGCUGGGGAGACAACUGUGGUCAAAAGAAUAAGCCUGGAGUGUACACACAAGUGACUUAUUACCGACGCUGGAUUGCUUCAAAAACGGGUCUCUAA